GACUGCUGUUGUGGUUCUAUUCAAGCCGUUAAACAACGUCAUUGUUUUUUAAAAACUGUUUAAACCGACAAAUUAAAGCCAGUGAAAUACGCGGUUAUCUCCCUUGAAUACAUUUGCCCACGUGAUUUUUCAGUUGCGAUUUGCCCGGCUUAUCGUUCUGUGUGUGUUCAGUCAAUGAAAACCAGUGUGGAACAUAGUUAAUACACGAACGAGGAAAGCAGCGAGACUUGUCCUGUGUGAAUGUUAUAACAACUUUGUUACGACAGGGUUUGAGUGUCACUGGAAAAUAUUAUAGUGAACGAAAAGUGAACCGACUGUUUGUUGUUUUUUUUAUAUAUAUUAUUUUGUGAAUUUAAUUUCUUGAGUGAGGUGAUUUCAUACAACAUUUUUCAAAAAUGCCUUGGAACUGGAAUUUAGCAGCUUUGUGGAUUCUUUUAUAUCUAACAAUCUUAGCUCCAACUUUACACGUUGUUUCAAAGCGAAUACCAAGACAUCUGACAGUAUAUUGGAACGCAACAAACCCCAUUUUUGACAGCAACAAUUCAGACCAUAUAAUGAAUGUUAAUUUUGGUGAUACUAUAGAUAUAAUAUGUCCCCAAUAUCCUGUGGGUUCCAGACCCGAUACCUGGGAGUACUACGUUGUAUAUAUGGUUAAUAAAAAAGAGUAUGAAGAAUGUGUAAUAAACGAAAGAUCUAAAGUCAAGUAUUUAUUAAACUGUUCGAAUCCAAUCAACGAUCCCCCCUUUCUCUAUACACUACUUAUCAUGGGUUUUCAACCUAUACCGGGAAACCCAGAUUUCGCCAGCGGAAAAAGUUACUAUUUUAUAACUACAUCUAAUGGUGGACGGAGUGAAAUGAACAAUCAGUACAAAGGAGUGUGUCAAUCGAAAAACAUGAAGAUGAUGGUCAACGUCUGCUGUGGGGAUUCCAAUCAAGGUACUAAUAACCAGAAUACAGGGUCAAAUCAGGGGUCAUCCAAUCAGAAUCCAGGGUCGGGUAAUACAGUUACACCGAAGCCAAUUGAUAAUGACAAUAAACCCAGUUCAACUCGUUAUCCCACAACGACACAAUCAACAACAUCUACUUCAGGUAGAACAACAACAUCAGUUAGAACAACGCAGAAAUUAUUAUAUCCAAAAACAGAUUCAGAUAAACAUCCAUCAGAUAAUUUAAUCGAUGAAAAUGUUAUUCAUGCUAAUGGACCUAAAAAUGUAGGCCUUAUCAGCGAUAAUGACAGUAGUAGCGUAGCCUUCUCUUAUAGUCUCCUUUUAGUGACAGUAACCGCAACGUUAGCGUUAUUUUUAUGUCGGUAGUGAUGCGCGCGCGCGCUCGUGUGUGUGUGUGUGACUUAGGUUGUAUAUUCCAGAGACCAUCGGACUGUAAAAUUAUAACGUAUUAGUUCCGAAUAAAGAAGGAUGUGUGAAAUUUGCGGAGGAGUUUAGAACGAAAGUCUUUGGUAAAUCGUCGAGUGAAGAUGUCAUCUGUGGAAGAGCGACUACCAGACGACAUGUUUCUGUCGGUAAAGAAUAGAGUGUUGUUAUCCUUACGAAGACUAAUUAUCAAGAGACAAAAAAAAAAAUAUGCUCACAAAUUUAGGCUGCUGAGGAUUACAAAUACAGCUCGAUCUCCUGAAACAGUAUCGGUGAUUGGUUCCCUGGAUACCGUCAUUUAAGUACAAACAAUUUCAUUGGAUGAAAGAGGAGUAAAUUUGAAUUUUUCUUUCCAAUUCGGAGACAUCCUGUGCCACGUAAAUAAUUGCGCCACUUGCCAAUGAACUUCGACCCAUCAUCUUUUGUGAUUAACGAUAAAUUGUAUAUAGCUAUUGACCAAUCAGUGUGCUUUAUAUGUAAUAAGAGACCAAUGAAAUUGCUCCAUGAAUCUGUGAUGUUAUAAAAUGGUGAAGAUGAUAUUUAUAUAUUUCCUGACAUAAAAAGGUAAUAUUCCGUGACCCAGGAUUGACCCCUGAUGAUCACAUGACAACGGUGACACUCAGAAUUAUUCCUCUUCAUCAGAAAAUCAACAGGUGUUUCAAGUCGAAUCUUAUGAGGCUGGUUAUGGUUAUGUUUUAUUCUGAAAGGGAAUAACUCUUAACAUGUGGGGGUCACUGUUCAAUGUAGACUCUGUUAUCUUGUCUCAUUUUAUCCAGAUACAAUGCAUUCCGCUGCAGGUUUUUCGAUAAUUAUGUGUUUUAAUUAAUGAAUUAAUAAUAUGUAGAUUUAAGUUGUGUUUAUGAAAGAUGCUUUAUAACGAAGUAUUAAUUCUCGUUGAUUAUUUUUUUGUAACCAAAAUUAAUUGAAAAAAAAAACACCAUAUUAAUUAAUCAUUCAUUAUAAGAACUCACAUGGAUUAAAAUCCUUAGAAUUGUAAAACCGAUUUAUUCAUAGUAAAAAGCUUUAUCUCAUGCACUUUAUGUAGUUAAAAUCUUCAAUAUUCAAAAACCGUUAGAAUUCCCUUUAAGUGUUACAAUUGUGCAAUCAUACAUUCUCAAUUGUGCAAUCAUACAUUAUCCAUAAACAGUUGGAUUUCCCCUUUAAAGUGUUACAAUUCUCCAUAAACUGUUCGAUUUCCCCUUUAAGCUUUACAAUUGUGCAAUGCUAGGUUCUCCAUAAACUGUUAGAAUUCCCCUUUAAACGUUACAAUUGUGCAAUCGUGGGUUUUCCAUAAACCAUUAGAUUUCCCCUUUAGAUUUCCAGAUUCUGAGUACUUCGAGCCCUUUUCAUGAUUGUGUCCUCCUUUUAAACACAAGGUGAAAUGCAGCCCAAGUGACUCCUGGGUAGCAGUACUCACACAUUUCAGAAUAACAAUAUGGCCGUGAAAGUGUCUAGCAUUCUCAGUAUAUUCAACCUGUCUUGAUGCAAUCACUACUGGUGCUACAUCUAAAUGCUUGCGAUAUGCAUUAUACAGUGAAACCUGUCUAAACAGACCAACCUGUUUAAACAGGUUGCAUUAAGUAGUAGGCCUGCUACACCUCACAAUUGUUUAAAUUUUUGAAUUUGACUACAGAAAUAAUGUCUGUUUUCAUAGAUACCGUAACUGGUUUACUGAAUGGUCUGACAAAACGUACCUAAUUUCAAAAAUCUUUCUCAUUUACUGAAACCGUUUUCUAAAUGCACCAAAUAAAUGUCACUCGUCACCUUAUUUGUUAAAAAUGUUGAUUCACCAUAAAUAUCUAUUGUGUCCCACUAAUCUUAAAAUAAAUGUGUGUCUAAUCACUUAUUGUUGCAACUGGGGUCUGUUUGUCGUUGGUGGCUACAUGUGGACUGCCCCAAGGCUGAAAUUUGUUGUAUAUGGAUGGGUAGCUCAAGCCAAGGAGUGACAUACGUAGGCCUGGUGUGUUACACUUUCACUCCCAGUUUUUACUUCAUGUUCCGCACUGUUGGGUGGCCGGAUGGUUAUCUGGUGCGUGUUUGAUCACAAGAUCUGUCAUUGAGUCAAGUGUCGCGGUUUUGAUUCCCUGCUUGUACAUGUCCAACCUCACAGGUCUUCUCUGGGUCCUCUGGUUUCCUCCCACAAGCAAAUUAUCGAAAUAAAGUUGAACCAUGUGUUAGUCCCGAUAUGACCUAGUUUGUGUCAAGAGGAUGUUAAACCCCAUUUCUCUUUCUCUUUCUGAGCUGUUUGAUAAUAAUUAAUUACACACACAUUUAUUUGGAUAUUAAGAUUCUCACCACAAACUAUGUCUUGUGUAUAUAAUGUUAAUGUGUAUUGUAUAUGUUACUGUAUAUUUAUAAUAUUAAUAAACUGUGAAUAAAUUAUAUUUAAUUAAGUGAAAUCUAAAAAUUCACUCUAAAUGUGCUAUUUUCUAUUUAAAUCGUGUUUUCUGCCUUUGCUGUAUACAUGUAUAUAAAUAUAUAAUAAGAUAUAUAUUAUUAUCAUAUAAAAUGUUUCAUACUUAUCGCGAAGAAAAUAUUAUAUAAUACUAAUGAAACGUUUAACGACUGAUAAUACUAGCGUGUGAUUGGUUGUUUUAGUUGCGAAUGUUGUGUGAAUGACAAAUUAUCAGAGACAAAAUAUCCAAGAUGGAGGUCUGAAAUUUUUUACGAUUUAAUAUUUCAAAAGAAAUUUCAGUUCAACUAAUUAAUUAAGAAAUAUAUUUACCCAUAUGCACCUGAAGAUCUCUAAAUUACGACUGUCUACAACACAACAAAUAUUAGCUAUAUGAAUUUCGCCCAAAAAACGCAAAAAAAACUCCAUGAGAAUUUUGCGGCAUCUUGUCUCUUCAAUUACCUAUCGGUAUAUGAAUUUUACGCCAAAUAACUCCCGGAAAAAAAAACGCCCCCCCAAAAAAAACUGCAUAAAAUUUUUGCGGUAUCUUGUCUCUUCAAUUCAAAUGUACAACAAAAAUUAGCUACAGUGUAUGGAUUUCGGAAAUACACCUGAAAAAACCAAAAAAACUCCCCGAAAAUCUUGCCAUAUCUGGUCUCUGAAGUGUGAAAGAUUUAUAACGUUUGUUAGUUGUGUGUUAUUUGAUUUAUAUCACUGUUUGGGUGUUGUGCACAAACUUUUGUGUAAAUUUGUUUUUUUCUUUUUUGAUGGAUAAAGAUAAAGAUAUUAAAUUUGUAAAUUUUGUAUAUAACUAGUAAAAUGAUGAGGAGAAUAAACAAUGUUCUUGUCUAAUUAAUUAUAAAUAAAUACAUUAGAAUAACUUUAUUAUUAUACAUAAAUUUAAUAAAUCUUUAAAUAAACAUCCAUGAUUCAUUUCAAGCAGAGCACUAGUUUCUCCAUUUGUUUUGUCGGAAGGGGGUGGGGGUGGAUGGCUGAAUGGUUAGCACGUGCGCGCUGUAUCAUAAGGUCUGUCAUUGAGUCAACUGGCGUGGUUUUGAUGCCCCGGAUGUACGUGACAAGGAGCAGGGUCGCUUGUCCAACAUCGUGGGUUUUCUCCGGGCUCUCUGGGUUCCUCCCACUGCUAAAGACCCCUACGUGCAAGUGAAUUAUGGAAAUAAAAUUGAACCAUGUGUUAGUCCCGAAAUGACCAUUUCUCUCUCUCUCUCAAUUAGUUUUGUUGGACAUUUUCCUUAUUUCUUGGUUGGAAAUGAAAUGUAAUAGGGUCUUCUAUUAAUGUCCUCUGCACCGACUUGGCUGAUGAAGACGGUGUCUUGGUUGGAUCAUUUGGUAGGAAACCCCAAACAAAAAAAUGAUCAGUAAAUUAAGACAGAUUUAGACCAUUCAGCUGUUCAUUUGUACAACCAGACAAUUCAGCAGUUGGACAUGACCGGCAUAAUGUAUUGAAACAAGUGCUCUAGGUUUUCAUUUCAAAAACUUUAACAAUAAAGUUCUAUAUGUCAGUUCGAUCAUCAGUUAAUAAAGAAACUAAUAAAAUAAAAUAUCAACUUUUGUUUUUGUAGUUUUAAUACGAUUUAGUGACAUUCUGAUUAAAACACAGAUCCUAUUUCGUUUCGUUUUUUAUAGUUCAUUAUUUAGUUUUACUUGUCUUUACUACACUAUGAUCUGGAAGAGUUGUUAUAUUACCGGCAUUUUGGUUGAAGUGAGGGAUAAGCCAAUGAAACAGUCUGUUACGGCGACUGCUUGGCUUGCCAUGCCUGGAACUUUGGGUAAUCCAUUAUAAAAGUCAACGCUGAUUGAUUAAUCAAUGUCCGACGUCAUAGGGUCAAAAGCCGCUUGUACAACCCUGACAUGACCUUUGAGUACAAUUUGUAGGAUCUUCAUGUAGUGUAGGCCAUCGAAAGUAUAAAAAAACGAAACGAAAUAUAGAUCUGUAUUGUAAUCAGAUAGAUUUAGUGAAGAUUGUUACGAGAUUGCUCAAGCAUAAUUAAAAUGCCUUGUUCUGUGAAUGUAAAAAUACUGGACAUGUGAAGAUAGUCAUUGUUAGUUGGUACUGGUGUUUCAUUGUUUGAUGUAGGCAUACAUGACUGGGACAUGGUGGGGCGAAUAUAUAUAUAUAUAUAUAUAUAUAUAGAUGCAGCAUACCCAUUUUCACCAGUUUCUACUUUCAUUUUCAAAAUUGGGUAUAUCUCUGCAAGCUCUGUGCAAGGGGUAGAGAGUAAUGAAUUACUGACUGACAUGGCAUUUUUUUGCAAAACAAUUUUUAAAUUUCUACUGACAUCCCCCAUCCCCCUUCAUUGUCCGUUUGCUCUGAAGUGAUCCCCGUCAGUAUGCCUAUUGUUUAAAGAUGCAUUAUGUAAGAGAUAAAUCUGCCGAUUCCAUUUCUUUUUUCUGGCUUCAAAUGUUCUAUAAACUAUUAUUUAAGCAUUUGUUAACAGAUUUUCAUUUUGGCUUCAAAUGUUAUAUAAAUUAUUAGUUAGACAUUUAUUCACAUGACAAGCCUAUAAUCAACUCUCUAGCCCAUCGGAUGGCGCAGAUGUAAAAGGAUUAAAAUACAAUCACCAUUUAAUGAUUUAAUUUAAAAAUGGAGAAGCGAGGUUGAGUCUUGAUUAGCCAGUAAGGUUGCUACGACAAUAAACAAUCUAUGUCUCAUCUUCAAACUGGGGGGUUGGAUGGCUGAAUGGUUAGCAUGCGCCCGCUGUAUCAUAAAGUCUAUCAUUGAGUCGACUGGCGUGGUUUCGAAUCCCCGGUUGUACGUGACAAGGAGUAGGGUCGCCUGUCCAACCUCGUGGGUUUUCUCCAGGUCCUCCGGUUUCCUCCCACUGCUAAAGACCCCUGCGCGCAAGCGAAUUAUGUAAAUAAAAUUAAAAACCAUAUGUUAGUCCCGAAAUGACCUAGUUUGUGUCGAGUGGACGUUAAACCCCAUUUCUCUCUCUCUCUCUCUCAUCUUCAAACUGAUAACAUCGCUCAGAAUAAAGUAGGCUAUUUUGAAUUAUCUAUUUUGGGACUAUUAUAGCAAGAACCGUCGGUCGGCUCGUUUAUCUAAAUCUUACAUAAUGUAUCUUCCAAGUCAGGGCUAAUAUUCAGUGUUGUGCUUUUAUUUCCUGUAUAGAAGGGGGAUUGACUUGACAAGUAGAUUACAUCAGUUCUUGUAUAAUCCAUUAUGCAAGGUUGUUGUAUGGCUCUGUAGUUCAAGACUUGUGUCAAUUUGACACUGUUGGUAUUUUGACUACUGACCUUUGUUGGUGUGUAUUCCACGUAUGAGACCGUAAGACAACCAUGGCACCCACCUGCUGUAUGAACUGUCCAUGUAAUUAUGUUCAAGUCAUUCCCCUCCUCUGGCACAUAUAUUAAUCAUACAUAUCAGUCUUAGACAAAAAUAAAUUGAAAAACAUCUUAAACUAUAAACAUUUGAAAUUUACUUCAGAUGAAGAACAUACCUAUGUAAAUUACCUCACCUGAAAUCAGAUUUUUACCUGUUAGUAAUAUUAUGGACCAUAAAAUAAAUAUUUGUAGACAUAUCACAACCAUAAAGAAUCGAACCUUUUCUGCUUAGUGUAAUUACUUCCAUUGCUUCUUAGAACACAGAUUUGCUUAUAAUAUAUAUCAAGAUAUGAGUUACACCAUUUCCUAUGAGGUGGAUGCUAUAUCAGAACUCUCAUUAUACAGAAAAAGGGCAGAGCUUAUCCUUGGCCCUCAUGAUAUGGAUACCUGUGUAUUAGGGGGAAAUUAAGAAGCACAUCAUCUUCGCCCUAACUUUAAGGGAUAUGAUAUGGCAUCUAUGCUCUUAUAGUGGUAUCCGGUAGUAUACUUUAUGUAAUAAAGUACCAAUCAAAAUAACUAUGUGUGCAAUAUAUAGAUGUUUAAGAGACGAAGUUCUGCUGUUCAGAUGGCUAAAUCACAAAUGUAAAAGUGUACAUGAAAUUUAAUAGAUGUAUAUAAAACUAUUAAUCAAUGGUAUAUUUAUUAUAUUUAGGGCGUGGUUGAUUGACCUUCAAUUUCCGAAUCCAUAUACCUUUCUUUCCUUUUAAGGAGUUUGGUUUUAUUUAAUUUGAGAGUUCAUUGAGAGUUUAGCCUCUUGGAGGGACGAAUCAGAAACUGGUCUGGAUUUCAGAUUGCCAAGAUCUGAAAUUUAUUUCCAUGGGCCAUAUCAACGAAAACUUAAAAUAUUUUAAGAAUACAGGUCAUUCAUUGGACAAGAGCAAAAUUUGUACCUGGAUUUAAGUUUUUGUUAAUACUGCCCAUGGGCUUGGUGGGAUUUCAACGAUGGAUGAUUCGAAUUCAGCUCCAAUCAAACACGUCCUAUAUAACGAGAGAGAGCGAGAAUCUAAAUUGUCUAUAUGUAUAAAAUAAAAAUAAAACCUAUCCUAUUAUUUCUGUAUAUUGUAAAAUCUAACGUCUGUAUCUGAUAAAUAUGUUUUUGUAAAAACUCCCACAAGAGGUGACUGUGAAUCUUGUGUACACUAUGAAUAAAAUGUAUAUAUAUAAGUAUUA